AUGGAGGAAACAUCUGAAAAAUGGGAUGAUUCAAAGAAACAUUUAUCGAGCUAUACUUAUUCACAAAUACUAAAGUUGGAACACUCAGUAACGGAUUUGUUGAAACAAAUACGUAUCAUAACCGAACUAUCUCCUAAUAUCAAGCAGUAUGAACAGGCUUUAGAUAAGCUAUCUUCCAUGCCUAUGGACAUGGUGCCAUCCUUUGACAGAUACAACCUGAAGUUGGCUGCAGAAUUGAAGUCGUUACAUGAGCUAGGGAAGCUAUCUCUCAUCGACAAUAUUAUGAAAUACAGCGAGAAAUUCAAGAGUGGGGUUGCUACUCCAGUACUUCCAGAGCUCCAAGGAGCCAACUUGAACGAUUUAUCCUCAAAAUUCAGCACCUCCAUGGAUAUUAAGCCUAGCGACGGGGCGAAAAUCGAUGAUGAUGAGGACCUAGACGAAGAUGGCGAGGAUGGGUAUGAAGUAAUUGAUGAUUCAGCUACUGGAGAAAAGAAAAAAGAUGCUUGGCCACCAAAGCUACCGAAGAUUAAAAACCCUGCCAUCAGGGCUCGUGUUUUUAUCCAUAAGUCAAUGAUCAAUGACAAACUUUAUCUUUCCGAGCGUGAUAUGAUCAAGUCUCAUAAUGAAAGAUUAGAGUUCUUAGGUGACUCCAUCUUGAACACAACAAUGACAACCAUAAUCUAUAACAAAUUCCCAGACUUUGAUGAAGGUCAACUCUCACAGCUUAGAAUGAGGUUAAUUAAUAACGAAUUAUUAAAGAAGUGGUCGUUUCUUUAUAAAUUUCCAGAUCAGUUGAAGACUCACAAUGUUAAACCUGAAGAUAAUAAAGAUGGAAAGCAAAAACUUUACGCAGAUGUAUUUGAAGCAUAUAUUGGUGGUUUAGUUGAGGAUGAUGGGAAAAAGAACCUACCAAAGAUUAGAAAGUGGUUAGCUAAGUUGGCCGAACCUGUUAUUUCCAAAGGACUACAUUCUGAUAUCACCUUGGAAGACACCAAAGAAGUGGACGUUAAUGCAAAAAAGACAUUAUAUUCUUUAAUUGGAUACGCAGCCUUGAAUCUACACUACUAUCCUGUCAAAAAACCAAGUUCUUCAGAUCCUAAUGCUACUGUAGAAUGUAGAAUAGCUGAUGGAAAGGUUUUAGGUGUUGGUGUAGGAAAGAAUAUCAAGAUCGCAGGUAUGAGGGCGGCGGAAAAUGUUUUGAAAAACAAAGAGUUAAUAGAAAAGUACGUUGCCAUUAGAGCAAGUCUUCCUAAGACUCAAUCCGUUAUUAAACCAAACUCUGAAAACUCUAAAAAGAGGAAGAACAAUGAAGAUCACUCUCAUAGAGGAAAGAUAACUCUAUUAGAUAAUGGAACAUUUGCUUUGAAUGGAUCUUCAGAGGGACAGGAUUUAUAG